GAUACAAAAUUUCAAAACAAAAAAGGAGAUCAACACUAGUUAAUAUACUGCGUAUUGUUAUCUUCAAAGUAGUGGUUUAGAUUAAAGAUAUAGGCAUAAAAAAAUGAUCACACAUCCAACAAUGAAAGCAUAUUUCCAACACUGUUCAAGGGUGAGACAAGAGAUACAGCCUGUAUCUAUGGCUAGAAAGCUACAUACUUAAAAAGCCCUGACACUUCGAGUGCCAAUUGCAAGGUAAAUGUAGCUCAGACAGGAAAAAACGUUUCUCUUACUUCCAAGUCCCAGAGGCUGUAAUUCAAGGACACCUAUGCGCUGUCUCAGACAAUGAUGGAUUCUUUCUCUAUGUUGUAUGUAUUAAUCUCAAAUAUUUGCUGUUUCUGUAAGAGUAAAUUCUGCCUAGCAAUUGAUUUGUAACCAACCAUAAGAUAUUAUAUUAUCUGCCUUAUGUACUUCCUGCUUGCAAAACUACAGAAACAAACCCCAAAGCUGUCUUAGGGCUGAUGAUCUGGAACCGAGAUUCCCUUCAGCCCGCUAACGUAAUAAAACUGUGUGUCUUCUAAAGUUCCCUCUGGUGCUGUCUUCUAUCGAUCAUGCUCCUGAACACCGUAAUAAGAGAAAGCGACUGAACUGGACAGCACCGGCUAAGAUUCAAACUUCUGACUCAGACCUCGGGCAUUUGAAACUCCUGGGGAAAACGCGCCAGGGUGCUCAAGCAGCUGUUUGGGAGAGGAGGUGGUGUGGUGUUCCCAUGAACACCAAAGGCAACACUGGAAAAACCAGAGCUGCUUUGGGUGGAGGAGGAUGCCAGCGGCCUGACCCUGCUGUCUCCAGAGUGGUUGUGGGGCACCCAAGACUGCACAUCCGAGACCUAGCCGCGAUGCAUCAACACACACCCACGGCCUCCAGCGGCACACCGAGCUAGCAUGCGAUGCCGACUCCACGUCUGGCGCACACCCAGCGACAAUCUUUCCCAAGCCUCCCAAACCGCCCCGUAAGCGCGACGAGACGCUAGGGGCGCGCCCGGACACCUCUGCGGGGGAACCUUGGAGCGGAACGGCGGGGGUCGGGGAAGACAUUCUCCGCGGCACGGAGGCGGAACUCUCUCGCCUCGCGAGCCUUCUCCACUUGGGUCUUCGGGAGCCUGAGUAGCCCGCUGGACGCGACUGGGGAACAGAAGCCAACCACCUACAACUCUGGAGAGUCGGAAGCCACUGCGUAGUCAACAACCAGAAGUCCCGCCCCUACAUGAGCGACCUGGCCAGGGCCUCCUGGGCCGUCAUUGGUCCGUCUGUACGGACGCCAAGCGGAAUGCUUUAUGGGAAAUGUAGUUUGCAUGUGACCUCCUGCAGCUAGCCUGCCCACCCUCCAUUGCCUCGGCAACGACCAGGAGCUUUGCAGGGUAGCGGGGAGAUGACUUUAGCCACUGGCUGUAGGCGCUACGCGGGACUUCCGGUGCGGCGGGCGUGUUUUCUGUCAGCUGUGGGCGGUGGGUUCCUGGACUACGUCCCAGGUCGCCCGGGUCAGGAAAAGGUCUCGCCACCGUACCUCUGCCGGCGCCGCUAGGACUGCGUCUACCUGAGACUCGGGGUCACGCUCAGAGUGGUGCCGCGAGGCUUCCGGAGGCGCGGGUCCAGCUUUCGCUAGCCGCGUUGCUCAGAAGGAUGGCGUUACCCGUCCCGCGCGCAGGCCCCAUGGUCAACGCGGCACAGCCAAACCCGUCACUGCAGAGCUCGGUGGUGUUCGAGGAUGUGGCCCUCCGAUUCUCCCAGAAGGAAUGGGGGCUCCUCAGUUUGGCGCAGAGGAGCCUGUACCGUGACGUGAUGCUGGAGAACUUCGCACUCAUCAGCUCGCUGGGUUGCCUGUGUAGAGUGAAGGAUGAGGAAUCUUCUCCCAAGCAGGUGAAGAAUUCUGGAAUCCAUGUGGGAGAGCAGCUUUGCACAUGUGGAGAGCAGGGUGCCAACCAAGCCACUACAGGCCUGCUCCAACCUCCAGCUCCCCUCAGUGAUGGGAAGGUGUAUGGGAGCCUUGAGCACAAGCCAGCCCUCCCCAGCCACAGUCAUGAGCCACAGCAUGGUGUCCACGCCAUGCAGAAACCCUUUAAGUGCAGUAACUGCAGAGAAAGGUUCUUGAAGGCCUUUGCUGUCCUUAACCACCUGAUAGCCCACCCUGAGGAGAGACAUUUCCGAUGCCCAGCAGGUAAAAGUGCCCCUACUAAGAACUUGAUCCACCCUGAUGACCAAAAAGACCCCCCUGAAGAAGAUGCCCAUGUGUGUGGUGAGUGUGGGAAAGCCUUUAGCUAUGCAUCCAAACUGAGGAAGCACCGGAAGAUUCACACGGGCAUACGGCCUUUCCAGUGCAGCGACUGUGGGAAGACCUUUAGCCGCAAGGAUGCUCUAGCGCUGCACGAGAGGACUCACACUGGAGAGCGACCAUAUGAGUGCAGCAGGUGUGGCAAGGCCUUUAGUGUGCUGUCCACCCUCAUUCGGCAUCGAAAGGUCCACCUCGGAGAAAGGCCCUACGAGUGCAAGGAGUGUGGGAAGUUCUUCAAGUACAGUAAGAGCUUUGUUCUUCACCAAAGAGUCCAUACUGGAGAGAGGCCCUUUGUAUGCGAGCAUUGUGGGAAAACCUAUGUGACCCGCUCAGGUCUGUACCAACACUGGAAGGUCCACACUGGAGAGAGGCCAUAUGGGUGCAGCCUGUGUGGGAAAACCUUCACCACUCGUUCCUACCGUAAUCGGCACCAGCAGUUCCACACUGGGGAGAGGGCCUAUGCGUGUGCUGAAUGUGGGAAAGCCUUUAAGCACAGUUCUUCCCUCCACCAGCACCAUAAAAUCCAUACUGCAGAGCCCUGUGGAAGCCAGCACUGGCAGAAAAGCCAUCAGCAGCUGGCAGCUGCCUCAGCAGGAGAAACCUCAUUGCCAACAGGAGAGGGGGAAAACAGCCUUCAUGAGGGUGCCAUCUGAAAGAAGUGAGGCUUUCUACAUCCACAUGCCACCCUGUAUUCCACCUGACCCUGGGAAAGUCCACACAUGCCACCUAUGUGGGGAACUUUGGGAGCUACACAGCAUUCUGUGCCUGCCCAAAUUGCUGGUGGUUAUAUAUCAGUGCCAGCUCCUGCAACAGAAAGCAUCCCACCUCUCCAAUGCUAGGCAGGUCCCCACUGUGCAUGUCAGUCACCCCUGUCUCCAGGUAAUCUAGCCCUAUCCCCUCCAUAGGAGUGAAUUGUGAAUGGUGGAGCCCAUGACAGGCCUCCUUUUCUUCCUCAUGACUGGGAGGCAUGGACAGGACCCCAUGCUGCCCAUGAGGAGCUGAGCCAUCCUCUUGGAAGCUUCCAUACCUGGCUUACCAUUUUUGUGGACACUGUUGACACCACUUGUGGUCCUUGUUCACCAUGGUAGAGGAUACUUCCUGCUGCUUGGGAAAUGUGACAAUAAAAGCCUAGUUAAGUCA